AUGGAGCAGAUUGGCAUUCGGACUCUCACCCUUGCAAACGCGAUGGGUAAAGCCUACGCAACCUUGCACUGGGGUGCCGCCAUCAACGGCGACGAUGUGGAGUUUGUGCUUGGCACAUCGGCCACAGAGAUCCAGGGCGCAGACCAUGGGCCAGACCUUCAGCACCGCGCCGUUGGGCUGUAUCUCUUGGAUUUUGGACAGUGCGAAGCGGUAGACCUGACUCAGGAUCCUGAUGUUGUUUAUCAAGCUUUCAAAGGAGCCAUGGUGACGGGGGAUAAUCAAAGUUUUAUUCCACAUUAUUUAAGGAGCCCGGCACUGUUCGCGACAUUCCGACAGGGAUACAUUGAAGCAGGCAAUGCUAUUCUAUCGGACAAGCAGCUGAAUAACAAGUUCAACAUGGAGGACUUCAUGCCGGAGUAUGAGGAAUACGCCGAGCACUUUCUCUAA